UUCGUCGCGCGCCGUUCAGUCCGGUGAGUCAGUCGCCGCUCGCGCCGGAGUACGGAGAGGAGAACGCGGAGGACGAACGGAAAACGGAAAAAGAGCUGGAGCUGCGAGCAUGGCGGUCGAAGAGGAAGGUCUUCGGGUUUUCCAGAGCGUCAAAAUAAAAAUCGGGGAAGCGAAGAACAUCCCUCCCUAUCCGGGUCCGAAUAAGAUGCGGGAUUGUUACUGUACAGUCAACCUGGACCAGGAGGAAGUGUUCAGAACCAAAACUAUAGAGAAGUCUUUAUGUCCGUUUUAUGGCGAGGACUUUUAUUGUGAAAUCCCACGCACUUUCCGCCAUCUGUCUUUCUACAUCUUUGACAGAGACGUGUUCAGGAGGGACUCCAGCAUCGGUAAAGUGGCCGUGAAGAAGGAGGACCUGCAGAAAUACCACGGUAAAGACCACUGGUUCCCGCUGCAGCCGGUCUGUGCCGACUCAGAGGUGCAGGGAAAGGUUCACCUGGAGCUGCGUCUCAGUGAGGUCAUCACAGACAGCGGAGUCGUCUGCCACAAGCUGGCAACACGGGUUCUGGAGUGUCAGGAUCUGCCGAUAGUGAACGGUCAGUGUGACCCGUACGCCGCCGUCUCGCUCCUCGGCCCCUCCAGGUCAGAAGCCAAGAAGACGAAGGUCAAACGGAAAAACAACAAUCCUCAGUUUGAUGAGGUCUUCUUUUUUGAGGUGACCAAACCUCUGAGCUACACCAAACGACACUUCGACGUGGAAGAGGACGACGUGGACAAGCUCGCGCUCAAGGUGGAUCUGUGGAACGCCAGCAAUCUGAAGUUCGGAGACGAGUUUCUGGGAGAGGUGCGGGUUCCUCUGAAGGUGCUGGGUCAGUCGGGCGUUCACGACGCAUGGUACUUCCUUCAGCCCAGAGACAACGGCAAUAAAUCGGUGAAGGCUGAUGAGCUGGGCUCGUUACGACUCAACAUCGUUUACACGGAGGACCACGUGUUCCCCACGGAGCAUUAUAACCCGCUCCGAGACCUGCUGCUGCAGUCGGCCCACGUCGAGCCCGUCUCGGCGUCAGCGGCUCAUAUCUUGGGUGAGGUGUGUCGUGAGAAGCAGGAGGCUGCUGUUCCUUUGGUGCGACUCUUCCUUCAUUAUGGUAAAAUCGUGCCUUUCCUCAGCGCCAUCGCUCACGCCGAGAUCAGCCGCACGCAGGAUCCCAACACCAUCUUCCGGGGAAACUCGCUGACGUCUAAAUGCAUCGAUGAGACCAUGAAGCUUGCGGGGAUGCACUACCUGCGCGUCACGCUCAAACCCAUCAUCGAUGAGAUCUGCGCCGAUCACAAACCCUGUGAGAUCGACCCGGUCAAGCUGAAGGAGUCUGAGAACCUGGACACCAACAGGGAAAACCUGCGUCAGUACGUGGACCGGAUCUUCACCGUCAUCACCAGCUCGGGUGUGAGCUGCCCGACGGUCAUGUGUGACAUCUUCUUCUCGCUGCGGGAGUCUGCUGCGUCACGCUUCCAGGUCGACCCGGAUGUGCGCUACACGGCCGUUAGCAGCUUCAUCUUCCUCCGUUUCUUCGCUCCUGCCAUCCUCUCUCCGAACCUCUUCCACCUCCGCCCUCAUCACCCGGAUCCGUGCACGUCUCGGACGCUCACACUCGUUUCCAAAACCAUCCAAACUCUGGGAAGUCUGGCCAAGUCCAAAUCUGCCAAUUUCAAGGAGUCCUACAUGGCUGCGUUCUACGACUACUUCAACGAGCAGAAGUACGCAGAUGCGGUGAAGAACUUCCUGGACCUGAUCUCGUCCUCGGCCCGCUGGGAUCAGAAGAGCAUCGAGACACCCAUCAUGCUCAAGGAAGGGUUCAUGAUCAAACGAGCUCAAGGGCGAAACCGCUUCGGUCUGAAGAACUUCAAGAAGAGAUGGUUCCGGCUGACCAACCACGAGUUCACCUACCACAAAACCAAAGGUAACGCAAAAGGAGAGGGCGCUCUGUGCAGCAUCCCGAUCGAGAACAUCCUGGCUGUAGAGAGACUCGAGGAAGAGUCCUUCAAAAUGAAGAACAUGUUCCAGGUCAUCCAGCCAGAGAGGGCGCUCUACAUCCAGGCCAAUAACUGCGUGGAGGCGCGCGACUGGAUCGACAUCCUGACCAAGGUCAGUCAGUGUAACCGCAAGCGUCUGAGCACGUAUCACCCCUCGGCCUUCCUCAACGGACACUGGCUCUGCUGCAAGCUGUCUGCGGACACAGCGGCCGGCUGCACGCCCUGCACCGGGGGACUUCCAGCCAACAUCCAGCUGGACGUGGACGGAGACCGAGAGACGGAGCGCAUCUACUCACUCUACAGCACAUACAUGGCCAAACUAGUCAAGAUGCAGGAGGCGUGCGGCAGCAAGUCGGUGUACGACGGGCCGGAGCAGGAGGAAUACUCCACGUUCGUGAUCGAUGACCCGCAGGAGACGUACAAGACCCUGAGGCUGGUCAUCUCCGCCGUGCAGACCCUGGAGCAGCAGCACACGCAGUACAAACGAGACAAGUUCAGGAAGACCAAGUACGGCAGCCAAGAACAUCCAAUCGGUGACCAGAGCUUCCAGUGCUACAUCCGUCAGCAGUCAGAAAGCUCCACCUACUCCAUCUGACCACGCCCCGUCUCCGUGGCAACAGGCGCGUCUCCAGACAGGAAACUGAGAAACGGCGAGGCGGCCUCAGACAAAAGAUAAAGCUCAGCUGUUUUUAUAAGACUUUAACCAAUCAGCAGCCGCCGCGUGCUUCCGUGGACGAUGUAGCUCCGCCUCGCGGCACCUUUUAUCCUUUGAUGAUGUUUUUAAGCUAGGACGCGAGCAGACGUCUUCAGCCGUGGAUGUUUUUAUAAAUGGAGCAUCGGACAAAAGGACAGAUCCCACAAUCCUUUGCUUCGACAGGGUUUUGUUGGUGGACGUGAGACUUAGAAGCGUGUUUUGAGAAAAAUAUCCAUUCACACGAGUCCAGUGUUUGACGUCACGCCUGCAGAAGCAGCGCUGCAUUGUGGGAAACGUGUGUGUGUGUGUGUGUGUGUGUUACAGCAUGCAGACGUCCUCGUUCCAGCUGUUUCCAGCAUGUGGCGUGACGCUGAGGGUUUGUGGGUCCAGUCGUGUUCAGCAACACACUUCUUGUGUUUUUAUACUUUCUGUUGUGUCUUCACUGAUAUCCUGCUCCGGUUACAGUGUGUGUGUGUGUGUGUGUGUGUGUGUGUGUGUGUGUGUGUGAGUAUGAAACCAGGGCGCAUGAGUGUGUUUCAUUGAUUAAUUAUGAAUAAUAACUCCCAGUUCAUCACAUCACACUUUAUAGAGAUAUUUAAUAUGGAUGUGAUUAUUCUGACUAUCAAGAUCAUGUCUGGCUCAGAUUUCACCCUUAAUCAUAUAUAUAUAUAAUUAAAAGAAUAUAUUAUUCAUUUAAAAAUCAUUCUACACUAUACAAUUUUUUCAUGUAUAUGUAAUGUAUAAGCAUUAAGACAGUUAAACACUUUUACAACAAAAUUCACAUUUCACUGUAAUGUAUGGUAGCUCCUUUCUGCCACAAAAUGAAAAAGGUGUUUGUGUCUUCAUCCCAGAGUUUAUAUCUCGCACUUCUGUGUUUUUAUUUGUUUUUUAUCCAUUUUUAUUUUUAUUAUUUGCUAUUCUGACUAUCAUUGUGAAGAAAAAAAAAGUGAACGACAACAUUUUUUUUUGUUGCAUUAUCCCGUGUCAGAAUCAAGCUACCAUAGUAAUAAAUAAAUACUGAUGCUUCAUAUUGUUUGAAUGAUCUGAGGGUGAAGCAUGAGCUGGAGGUCCUUGUGUUUUAGUACGGUGUUGUAUUUCUGUUAAAACACGGCUCUUGUGUUUCUCUCCGUCCCUCGGUGAUGCAUGUUUCACACGUUUUAACACAGCCCUGUUUUCUUGCCCAAAUGAAUUGAUAUUUAUUUUUAUAUCACAGAAUAAUGUUUUUGUGAAGAAAAAACAAAUCAAGUCAAAUCUCAGAGCAAUCCAAGCGCACAGUAUGAAGUAUGCAAUAAUAUACUCAAUAAUGAGUGAAGGAACUGAGAUCACA